AUGCUGCGCGCCCCUGUCGCCGCCCGCCUCGCCUCGCGCGCCGCCGGCCUCGCCCGUGCCAUCCGCCCGGCCACGCCUGUCGCCGUCCAGCGCCUCGCAUUGGCCACCCUCGCCCCCACUCGCCCAGCGCCAGUCAAGGCCUCCCAGCCCGAUUUCGCCCCCGCUGAAAAGGAACCCGCCGCGGCUACCCCCACCGGCAAGAUCUCUCAGGUCAUCGGUGCCGUCGUCGAUGUUCACUUCGAGUCUGGAUCGCUCCCGCUCAUCCUCAACGCCCUCGAAGUGCAGGACCAUGACAUUCGUCUCGUCCUCGAGGUUGCGCAGCAUCUGGGCGAAAAUACCGUCCGUACAAUUGCCAUGGAUGCCACAGAGGGCCUGGUGCGCGGCCAGGGCGUCGUCGAUACAGGAGGACCCAUCAUGGUCCCCGUCGGCCGCGAGACCCUAGGCCGUAUUAUCAACGUCAUCGGCGAGCCGAUCGAUGAGCGCGGCCCUGUCAAAACCGACAAGUUCUACCCCAUCCAUCGGGAGGCUCCUUCUUUCACCGAUCAGGAUACCACCGCUUCCAUUCUGCAAACGGGUAUCAAGGUCGUCGACCUGCUCGCUCCGUACGCAAGGGGAGGAAAGAUUGGUCUUUUCGGUGGUGCUGGUGUCGGAAAGACUGUGUUCAUUAUGGAGCUGAUUAACAAUAUCGCGAAGGCUCAUGGUGGAUAUUCCGUAUUCACUGGCGUCGGCGAGCGCACCCGUGAGGGCAAUGAUCUCUACCAUGAGAUGAUUGUGUCGGGCGUUAUCAAGCUUGAAGACGAUCAAUCCAAGGCCGCCCUUGUGUACGGCCAGAUGAACGAACCGCCUGGUGCGCGUGCCCGCGUCGGAUUGACUGGCCUGGCUAUUGCGGAGUACUUCCGUGACGAGGAGGGACAAGAUGUGUUGCUUUUCGUUGACAACAUCUUCCGUUUCACUCAGGCCAAUGCAGAGGUGUCGGCCCUGCUCGGUCGUAUCCCGUCCGCUGUCGGAUACCAACCCACCUUGGCUACCGAUCUCGGCGCCCUGCAGGAGCGUAUUACUACCACUCGUCUUGGCUCUAUUACCUCCGUCCAGGCUAUCUACGUGCCCGCUGAUGAUCUUACCGAUCCCGCCCCGGCUACCACUUUUGCUCAUCUGGACGCCACCACUGUGCUGUCGCGACAGAUUGCCGAGCUCGGUAUCUACCCUGCUGUCGAUCCGCUUGAUUCCACCUCGCGCAUGCUUUCCCCACUCAUCCUUGGUGAGGACCACUACUUGGUUGCCCGUUCAGUGCAGGAGAUUCUCCAGUCGUACAAGCAACUCACGGAUAUCAUUGCCAUUCUCGGUAUGGAUGAGCUCAGUGAGGAUGACAAGCUCACCGUCGCCCGCGCACGCAAGGUCCAGCGCUUCCUGUCCCAACCCUUCCAUGUCGCCGAAGUCUUCACCGGUAUCGACGGCCGCUUUGUCGAGACGGACAAGACUCUCUCUGGAUUCAAGGACCUGGUUGCGGGAAGCUUUGACGAUCUCCCAGAGAACGCUUUCUACAUGGUUGGUGACAUCGACGAGGUUCAAGCCAACGCUCGUAAGAUGGCCGCCGACAUGGAGGAGGCUGCCUAA